GACGGGCGUCAAAACUCGACCAUCACUGACAUUCAUUGUUCAAAACAUCUGUUGUGUCCCAUUGUUAUUUUUAGUAUAAAUUUAUAUGAAUAUAAUUUAUUUAUUUAUUGUGCGUGUAUCAAUGAUUUAAAAGUGAAAAAGUGUGUUGGAGUGUUUGUAGUUGUUUUUUGUUUUGUUGUGACGUCACUUUUAUUGACUGCCAGUUAAACGACGCAAUUACGCUUUUAACUUCGACUAUGGAUUGAAAUUAAAAAUAUAUUUUUCUGAAAAAGGCAACCAUUCACCAUGUCGGCGGAGUCCCCGCGACAUGUCCGCUCGGGAGGGCCACUCACCGUGCCAUCACAGCCACCUAGUGACCGAAGCAUCAUUGAUGCAGUCUCCGGCUUUAUUAAUGAUGUCACAUUAUCAUCAUCUUCCGCUGUUGAUCCUAAAGAUGUGAUACAGUGGGCUAGAUUUGAAACAGCUGACAUCAAUGAACCCACACCAGAAGGAGAUAGUGACAAUGAUGUAUCUCCGUUACUCUUAAUCCUGGGUUAUGGAGCUGGGGUUCAAGUGUGGCUGAUUUCACCGAACGGUGAGGCCCAAGAGGUGCUAUCCUGGCGCCAGGGGACAGUGAGAGUGCUCCGUAUACUGCCAACUCCGCAGCACGGCGAUUGUUUUGCAUCGAAAAGGCCUCUCAUAGCAUUAUGCGACUCUGCAAGCCCUGGACCAGCAUUUUGUUCUCUGAGCUUCAUUUCCAUUAGGGGUGGUGAACAGGUGAAAAGCAUAAAAUUCAAGAAUCCCAUUCUUGAUGUAUUGGCCAAUAAAAGAUCUGUGGUUGUAUCGUUUUCUGAGCGUUUUGCGGUAUUCGACGCUGCCACAUUAGAAGAUAGACUCGCUAUCACCACCUGCUACCCCUGCCCUUGUCCUCUGGGUGGUACAUCACCGAUUAACCCUUUGGCUCUUGGUGAUCGCUGGCUAGCUUAUGCUGAUAAGAAGUUGAAUCCCUCGAAACGCAGCAGUGGAGGUUGUGAAAGUGAAGGUGUGACCAGCUACACAGCAACAGUGUUACACGCAGCAAAGUCCCUCAGCAAGGGGUUGCGUGGACUCGGUGAAAGUGUAGCUCAUAGCCUUGCUGGGGGUAGGAGCACUUCUCAGUCACCCUCGCCACCGCACACUGAUAUUCAGCAACCGGGGAUUGUCACUAUAUUGGAUAUUGAGGGUAAUGAGGACGAAGACAGCCAAGAUUGCGAAGAGCCAUGCGACCCCAUAGUAGCUCACUUCAUAGCGCACUCAGAGGCGAUAAUAGCCCUUAAAUUCGAUCCGAGCGGCAUGUUGCUGAUAACAGCUGACCGUAGAGGACACGACUUCCACGUGUUUAGAAUUAACCCCCACCCCUGCGGGCCCAGUCUUGCGUCUGUUCACCACUUGUAUGUUUUGCACCGUGGCGACACGACGGCUAGAGUGCAAGACAUAGCAAUAUCGGGCGACAGUCGCUGGGCGGCCAUAUCCACGCUCCGCGGCACCACGCACGUGUUCGCGCUGAGCCCGUACGGCGGCGCGUGCGGUGUGCGCACACACACGCAGCCGCGCGUCGUCAACCGGCUCUCGCGGUUCCAUAGAUCCGCUGGUCUGCCGAUACACGCAGCUGCUGCGCACGCACAUACGCACACGCCGGGUUUAGAAGGCUCAGUGGCUGGUGCGUGGUACCCAAACCCACGGUUGCCUCCCUACCCCCUGCCCAGCACAUCCACGCCGCUAGCACAAUUGAGACCAACGCAUAAUCUGCCCACGCAUACUAUCACACGCACAAGUUCGGGUCGUCAGCGCCUAUCGUCGCUAUCAGAAGAGAGCGGUGCAGCGCCACUGCUAGCGCGCUCGUGGUUCGGGUGCGCGCUACCCUCCGCCAGCGGGCGCGGGUGUGCCGUACCCCUGUACCUGAUGGCGGCCAACGGCUCGCUGCUGCACCUGCUGCUGCAUCCGAGGCCGGCGAGAUGCGUAGCAAAAGAGAAGAUAUGCGACGAGUCGCCUAUAGAAGUGGAAGUGGAAGCAGUGGCUCAAUGGAUGCUGCAGCGUCCAGCAGCGGCCGCGGAUUUACUGGCGCCCCUGCCACCGUCCAACCCUCUGCUGCAACCGCUGAGCUGUCGGAGAUGCGCAGACAUGUGCGUGAGUGAAGAGGAACGUUGGUUGUCUCAAGUGGAGAUAGUGACGCACGCGGGCCCGCACCGUCGGUUGUGGAUGGGGCCGCAGUUCGUGUUCAAGACUUAUAAUUGCGGCUCGAACUCGUCGCUGUCGGAGGCGGAGGCGGUGGAGGUGGACACUGGCGCGGGCGGCGGCGCGGCGCGCUCCAACCCCGUCAACAUGCCCGGCGUGCGGCCCGUAGUGCCCGUGCUCAUAUCCUCCGGCUCGGCCAGUUCCCUGGAACAUUCUCCAUCGGACAGCUUCCGCCGCAAGUCGCUGUUAGCGGACGGAGGACGUGCGUCCGUGUGCGAUGUGCAGCUCAAGGAGGACCUUGCGGAGGCCAUGAAGGAGGACCAUGCGAUAAAUCGCUUCGAAGCUGAACAAGAGGAGCUCAGUUCUAGUAGUUUCAGCUCGGCGUCCCGCGCGUCACUGGACCCCCCCUCGUCCCCCACACCCAGCUGCAGCGGGGACAACCUGCUGCACUUCCCGGGGGACUCCAGUAGCUCCCUCUGAGGGUUGUGCUGUACGCGCUGGAUAUAGGCGACCAGUACAUCAUUUUGCACGGGUUAGACGGUUCGUGGUUAGGUGGAGGGGUAGGAUUGUGUGGUCUAAGAGAAAAAAAGAGCGUGUGCGUGUCACAUGUGUCAGAAGUGAAACUUCUUUAAAAAGAUUCUAAGAUACAAAAAUCGUCACCUGACUCCAUGACAUGACGAUAUUGGCAUGACGCGUCCUUGAAAUUUUACUCUCGACGCGCUUAAAGAAGUUUCACUUCAAAAAUGGUAGGAGAGUAGGUGCGGCUAAAAAUGAUUGCAGAGUUGUAGGGAUAGGUGGUUUUAUGGUCUCUAGAUAAAGUAGAGUAGUGUAACUUCAUAUUGUACACUACUGCUCUAAUUUGUGAGAUAUAUGGCUUAUCUGCAUGUCCGAGAAAUGUUAGACGGUAACAUCUGCACUUGGUCAUAAGAAAUAUCUUAGACAAGAAGAAGUAAGAUUAGCUAUACAGGAAAGGGGUGGUGAUUAAUGUCAAUAUAGAAGAAAACAUACGUUUGUGGAACUAGUUUAAUUUGUGCAAAAGUAUAGACAAAAGCGGAAUAACAACGUCUACUGUCUUGACUAUACUGUCGGGUUUCUUUGAAUUCAACGGUAUACCGUGUUUAUUCUGUCUGGUUUCUUA